CGAGACAACCUACCAGUGGUUGAAGAGAGAGUUUUUAACUUUCAAUAAUAACAGUAACAACAGAGAAGAAAGAGAGAGAAAGUUAAGAUUUUGAAGUGUGAAGUGAGAGAGAUGGAUACUGCAAUGCUAUGAAGAUGGGAUCUCAGCCUCACCCUCAUCACCACUCUCUUUGAUUCUGCUAAAUCUUCAAUCUUUUCAAUCCUUCAUCUUCCAUCUUCCAUCUUUCAGUAUUACUUUGAGAACCGCUUCUAGGAACUGGUACUGUUUCUCUAUAGCGCCUCUUUUGCGCUGCUUUGAAAAAGUCUGAUGGGUUCAAGAUUCCCAUCUCAUCAGCUCAGUAAUGGCCUGUAUGUAUCAGGCCGGCCUGAACAGCCAAAAGAAAAGCCUCCGACAAUGAGCUCAGUUGCAAUGCCUUAUACUGGUGGUGACAUCAAGAAGUCAGGAGAAUUAGGGAAAAUGUUUGAUAUCCCCAUGGAUGGUUCUAAAUCUAGAAAGUCUGGUCCAAUAAAUAAUGCUCCUUCGAGGACAGGAUCAUUUGCAGGUGCUUCACACUCUGGACCUAUAAUGCAAAACGCUGCAGCUCGUUCUGUUUAUAUUACAUCUGGUAAUGUAUCUGCUGGAGGCAUGUCUGCUUCAGCCUCAAUGAAAAAGACCAACUCGGGUCCAUUGAAUAAACAUGGGGAACCAGUCAAGAAGUCUUCUGGCCCUCAAUCUGGUGGAGUUACACGCCAAAACUCUGGUCCAAUUCCUCCAGUUCUUCCUACAACUGGUCUUAUCACAUCUGGCCCAUUAAAUUCAUCUGGGGCUCCGAGGAAAGUGUCUGGUCCAUUAGAUUCUACAGGAUCAAUGAAAUCACAUACUUCUUUUGCAGCACACAAUCCUGCUGUAACCACUCUCAGUCUAGAUGACGAGUUUUCCUUCAGGAGGAACUUCCCAAAGCCAAUAUUGUGGUCUGUGAUUCUGAUUUUUGUAAUGGGAUUCAUUGCUGGUGGUUUUAUUCUUGGAGCUGUUCGCAAUGCCAUUCUCCUCAUUGUUGUCGUAGUUCUUUUUGCUGCGGUUGCUGCAUUAUUCACUUGGAAUAGUUGUUUUGGAAGGAAAGCCAUUGUUGGUUUCAUUUCCCGUUAUCCUGAUGCAGAGCUUAGAACUGCCAAGAAUGGGCAAUUUGUGAAGGUUUCUGGGGUGGUUACCUGCGGUAAUGUUCCUCUAGAGUCCUCCUUUCAAAAAGUUCCUAGAUGUGUUUAUACAUCCACAAGCUUGUAUGAAUAUAGAGGAUGGGAUUCCAAAGCAGCAAACCCAAAACAUCGUCGCUUUACAUGGGGACUUCGAUCAGCUGAGAGGCAUGUGGUGGACUUCUACAUCUCUGAUUUCCAAUCUGGCUUGAGAGCAUUGGUUAAAACAGGCUACGGUGCAAGGGUGACUCCUUAUGUUGAUGAUUCCAUUGUUAUUGAUGUUAAUCCAGCCAAUAAAGACAUGUCCCCUGAAUUUCUUCGAUGGUUGGGGGAGAGAAAACUUUCUAGCGAUGAUCGUAUAAUGCAAUUAAAAGAAGGGUACAUCAAAGAAGGUAGCACGGUUAGUGUAAUGGGGGUUGUUCAAAGAAAUGACAAUGUGCUUAUGAUUGUCCCUCCACCUGAGCCUUUGACUACCGGAUGCCAAUGGGCCAAAUGUAUAUUUCCAGCUAGCCUUGAGGGUAUUGUUUUGAGAUGUGAAGAUACGUCAAAGAUUGAUGUCAUUCCAGUGUAGUCAUCCUCUCUGGUAACCUCGUAGGUAUUCCUCUUUAAUGAAAUAUGUCUUCUCAUGUCCAAAAUGAUGGUGGUGGUGGUGGUUGUUUGUAUUUUGUAAGCAUAUACGCGAUGUUGGUAAGUGUGAUGAUUCUGCCAUUGAUAUGGUGAUUUCUUUUUUCCUCCACACUCAACUCCUAGUUUGUUGUAUAGCUAAUGGAAAUUCUUAUUCGUCUAUUUUUCCGAAGGAUUUUAUACUUUUUAAUGGACGUGGUUUCAUAUAGUGAGAAGUUGUGUAUUCAGAAAAGACUCUGUUGUUUGAAACUGUCAAGGGAAUCUAUCAUACACGAUUUGUGAAUUAGCUGAUGCUGAACUGCGGAUAAAAGAUUGAAUAUAGCCAAUAGCCAAUUUGCUGGAA